UGCAGAGACCAACAUGUUUCUCAUACAGAACCGUUUGGUAGUGUUCUGUUUCUUGUAUUGUUGUCGUUCACUUGCUCGUGGUAGAGACCCUGACACGAAGCCAAACAUCGUGUUUAUUUUGAGCGACGAUCAGGAUGUCUUUCUUGGAGGACUUGUAAGCAAAAUAAUGAGCCUUUACUAGAUUAAUUUACUGUUCAUGAUUGAUACAUUGAUAGGUGCAAAGUUCAAAGCGUAUAUUUGCUGCGUGUUUGCUGUUUCCUAUUUCCCACAACCCGUAAAGGAUGGCCACACCACCGGGGUCUGGGACCCCUACUCUUUUCGAACAGUGGUGUGGGUUCUUUUACGUCCCGCAAGAACAAAUCAGUGAAAGUGCUGUGAGACGGGACCUACAGUUUUUCGUCCUUAUCCGAGAAGACUAGAAAGUCUACACAUUUGCAGAUGUCAUUUUUACAAAGGCAGCACUUUCUUGUUAGUUAUUUAAAGACCCUGAGUGUUGGUCCGGCCGGGGUUUGAACCCACGACCUCUCGCUCGCCAGAUCGGCACUCUCCCAACUGAGCUGACUAGGUGGAGGUGAGAUUCUGAUGUCCACUUCCUGCUUCAGUGGGAUCAUGGGACGUUCAAUCCCCCUCCCCUCAUCCUAAUGACGAUAGCAGGAAUACCUAGCCUCCGGGCACUCUGGCGGCGAAUAUCUGCAUUGAAAAAGUCGAUGUGAAAUGAUGAUUGGCGGAGAUGACAUUAGUAAUGAUGUCAUUAACCUUUGCACGUGUUUUUUCAAUGUUUGUUUACAUUCGCGCUCAUUUCCGCUCCAUGCUAAUUGGCAGAAAUCUGACAGCUCAGUCAACCGGGAGCCACAAGGGAAUUGGAGGUGGAAUUCAAAUUCUAGAGACUUCGUUGCAAGCUCUCCCUCCUUCCCACCCUCCCCCCUCUCCCACCCUGCCAGAGUGUCCCAGAGAGUGUUCUUGAAGGCUAAUUGAUGCCCUUUGGAAAAUUAAAGUUAAAUUGUUGUUGUUUGUUUGUUUGCUUUUUUGUCAGCACCUUUGGAAAACAUUCUUACAUUUAGGGUCCAAAUACAAUGUUUUGUUAGCAUUCGUUGGAAAACCUGAAAAGCGAUACCAGCUUGGAAAGCACGGAAGAGCUGAGAACAGCUAUGUUGGAUAGGGACACCUGGAAAAGGUGUGCUCUUGCUCGGCCAUAGUAGUGUUAGUAGUAAUAGUAGUUGGAAAACAAAUUUUGAGCCUGACUUCUUUUUUGUGGUGAGGGCGGCGGAGUGAGGUGUUUGUUAAAAAUGGAUGGCUUCCUUGUGUACUUAACUCAUGGGUCAGCCCUUCCUUAGAUACCCAUAUAACUGUGUCACUUGCCCUUUGCCAUUCUUUCUAGUUAUAAGUUACAUGAAAUAAUUUAUUGGUACCCUGAGCAAACAUCAGAAUGACACUGUGUAGAAAUUCACUCGUGUGUUUAGCAUGGAAAGUUUUAUACUGGAUUCACAUUUUAUUAACAGACUCCUAUGAAGAAAACUGAAGAACUUAUUGGUCAGCAUGGGAUUAAAUUUGACAACAUGGUAAGUUGUCGACAGAAUAGUAAAAUUAUCAUAUUAUCAGGACAUUAGUCUUAAGAAAUCCCACAUUCAGCUGUAGUGUAAUAAUUUAUCAUUAAUAUAUAGUUGAAAAUAAAUAAUUCCUUUAGACUUUUUCCUAGAAAUGUAUCAUAUUUUCUGGUACUCUAUCAGAUUGAAGGCCUGUUUAUUUCUUGUUAGUCUAAUUUCUGAGGAGAUGGGGAGGCUGUGCCCAGGCUAUUAUCUUAAUUACAAAUAAUAAGCCUUUAAUUUACACAAUUACACUAUUUAUUUCUUAACAGUUUGUUACAAGUCCCUUGUGCUGUCCAAGUCGAUCAAGCAUCCUGACUGGGCAGUAUGUACACAACCAUCAUGCCAAGAACAACUCCUUGUCAGGUGGCUGUUCCAGUUCAAGUUGGCAACAGGGCCCAGAAAAACGUUCUAUAAGUACGUACAUGAAGAGUAUGGGCUACAAAACGUUCUUUGGCGGCAAGUACUUAAAUCGCUAUGGUAACCCCCAAGUAGGGGGCCCACAGCAUGUUCCACCAGGAUGGGAUGAAUGGUACGGGUUGGUAGGAAACUCCAGAUAUUAUAACUACACACUGUCAGUGAAUGGCCAGCCAGAGAAACACGGAGACUCUUAUGGCCCUGAUUAUCUUACAGAUCUUCUGGUGAGUACAUGCACGUCACUAUUAUAUCCUCACCAGGAAGGGUAUGCAGGAGGAGAAGGGCACUUCCUUUGGCCCAUACCAGGACAUGCCACUGGACAGGGUGUGGUCUUUUGGUGGCUUCUCUGUCCCAAGGUUGUCCUAAACAGGGUCUCUAAGUUUUGUAAACAAAACAAAAAGAGUGCUUAUUUUUGUGAUCACCCAUAAACAGACUUGUAAAUCAUAGUUUCAGUUUGUUUAUUCAGUGAAGGUGUAAAGUUGAGGAUUCUUUUCUGUCCUAAACAGGAUUUCAAACCCUCGGCAGUGUGCAUACACGUAUUUAUGCCCAACCUUGGAUGAAACCCACCCCCUAACUGGGCUGCCUAACUUCCCCGAGAUGCAAUUUCCAUUUUUGACUACUUAAUGUACCAGCAUAACAUUGGCAUAGGAAGUUUUGUCCAUUUUUGAUUAGGUUCUGAAUUGUUCAUAAAUUGCAUUUAAAAUCUCUUUAUCCUAAAGUUACAGUUUUUCUUGAGUUUUAAUACAUAUAUUGUUACAUCCAGAUAAUCCUGCAAAUUAAAGACAUUAAAGAGUACUGCAAUAGGUAUGGUUUAUCUACCAGCUGUAUUGUGCAUUCUUGCAAACAGCUCUGAGCUCUUCCUUUCCUUUAGUUGCCUUAAUUAUGGUUUCUUAUAAUUAUUAUCUCUUUAGAAAAGAAAAGCUGUUGGUUUCAUAAAGGAUCAGUUUAAAGGGUCAACUCCUUUUUUUGUGAUGGUUGCUACCCCUGCCUGCCACGCCCCUUUUACUCCUGCACCUCAAUACAAGAACAACUUCAAUUCCAGCAAGGCACCAAGAACACCUGCAUUUAAUGUGGCAGGGGGACCUGUAAGUGAACUUUUCUUUGAAUUUUCCUUGUUUUGAUACAUUCAAAACCCAAUUAAGGUCAGCACCUACAAGAUCCACUUUUUUACCUCAGCUGACAGUGCAUUUGUUCACUCUUGGUUAAACCUCUCCAUAGCAGCCACUCCUCCAUAGUGGCCACCAAACUUGUACCCUACAGCCAAAAUGACCGCCAUUCGCAUAAUGGCCAUUUUUAAUUUCAGCAAUGUACACAUUGAUGUAAUUUAAUUGUACCAAACUUGCAUUUUUGUUAAAAUUGUUUAAAGCAUUUGGUUUCUGAUAUAUUGACAUGCUUUGAUCACUAUGUCAUACAAGGCAUUUUGAAAAUUAAUAGAAAUGCCCCCCCCCCCCAAAAAAAAAGAAAAAAAAAUGAAUGCAAAAUAAUUGUGUCAUAUUGCACCCCUGCCUCCCCACUGACUAUUUUUGAAUGGGAAGUUUCAGAACAUAUCCAUACCCGCCUCCACGGAGGGUAAGGGCCAAUUCCAAGGGAGGGGUGUCCAAAAGGAUGCAAUUUCCGAGGGAGUUGGGGGUGGUGGUUUCUUGAGGUCUUUUUCCUGGGGCUCUGAGUAAGACUGGUAAGUUAUUAAAAACUAACAGCUGCUCUGUUGAGCAAGCUGGCAGUUAUUUUACUGUUAACGGUCUUUUAAAACAAGAAUUAUUGUUUUGAUUGAUGAUGUUUUUUAUUAAAGGUCGGCUGAAUGUUUUUUUUUCACGGCUUACGUACACGAUAGGUAGUUGUCAUUGGCUCUCAUAAAUAAACUUUAGGUUAUCUUGCUGUAACAGUAUUUCACAAUACAUAUUGGUAUUCACCGUAAUGUGGUCGUGUUCUAAGCCUUCUUCUGACAUGUUUUUAACUGAAAGGAAGCGAUUGAAGUCCUCUCGGUGUUUAGUUACAGAUGGCAUCAUUUGUAUCGUGUAUUGGUAUCACCUUCCAUGUUUCUCAGUGACUUACCGUCAAUUAUUAACUAAAAAAGACCUUUAUAAGGCAAAAUUGAGAUUAUUAGACAAUUUACUACCAUGAAUAAAAGGAUUUUUUCUCUCUUUAUCGCAGAAACAAAUAUUAACUUUUGCAUAAUAGUAUAGCACCACAGCAUUUUUGACAUAUUAAAGUUUCUUUCCAGGUGAAGGGGUGCUCCGUGGGGGACGGGGGAUAGUUAUUUUCUGGAACUACACAAUCCUUCAUAGUACACUCUGUUUGUUUUUUAGAUGGUCUUGGAAAUAAGCAAUCUGAUAUGCAAAAUGUAGGAGACAAACAAUGUAUUAUGAGCAGGAAUUGGAAAAUAGAGUAACAGGCCUGGCCACACUAAUGGUGGCCGUGCCUGGGAACCAGUGCCUGGGUACCGGCAUAAAAUGGUGUUGUGUUCAGUGACACUUUGAGUACCCGAUAUGUGACUGUGUACGUAGUUACUCCAUUUAGCCCUGUUGGAUGCCAUUUUGAAACAUGAGCUUAGCAGCGAGAACAAAGCAGUGGACUGCACGGAACUUACAAAAGUUGUUUGCACACAGGGACCCGGUGCCCACUUUUGCAAGGUCUCGUCCUUGUACUCGAGCACAAAAGUGGAAACCGGGUAAAGUCGAUAAAGACAUUAACCUGCUCUCUCUUGCAGUAUCUGUACUGUUUUAAUUUCUUCCAAUCAAUAGACUAAACAUUGGCUCAUUAGAAGUGCUCCGCAUCCCAUGAAGGAUUCCUCCAUCCAAGCCUCAGAUGACAUCUUCAGAAACAGGUAUGGACUCUCUCUUGAGCUUUAAGCUGGAACUACAGAGCGUUUUCACUCACGUGGCUGCAGCUAUGUAACGCCAUUCCACCUCAACAACACGGUGCGGAGCAUUUGGAUCCGCUUUUGAGUCUUGCCAAUCUGUUUUUAUGUACAGUCAAAAGCCUUUAAUACGGACACUGAAGGUAACGAGGUGUUCAUUUUGAGCGGUACUCCGAGUACUUUGGCCUCGGUAACCUGUUCUACCUUACUAUCAUUGACGGCUACAUUAAGAGACUGAGAUAAUAAGGAAUUAAGUUUUUGCGGGGAUGAAACAAGCAUAGAUUUAGUUUUGGUAGCAUUUAGGGCCAUGCGAUUAAUAUUUGCCCAGACCGACACUUCCGCCGCAAGCUGAUUUAGGUUGCGUUCUACUAACUGUACGGAAGAGCCAGUAGUAAGGAUCGUUGUAUCGUCGGCAAACAUUGUAAGACUUACAUUAGAGAUAGAAGACAGGUAGAAGGGCAGAUCAUUGAUAAAUAUAAGAAAAAAUAGAGGCCCGAGGAUACUCCCCUGAGGGACCCCCACGGACAUAGGUAGCGGAUCAGACAUAGAACCCUUAAAAGUAGUUUUCUGUGAGCGGUUGGUCAGGUAGGAGCAAAACCACUUGAGAGAAGACUCAGAGCAACCAUACAGCUUAAGUUUGGAGAGUAAGGUAGUAUGGUCUACUAAGUCAAAGGCCUUUUUUAGAUCAAUUAAAAGUAGACCCCUUAGAAGGCCCUGAUCUAUGUUUGCAAGUAAGGUAUCAGUAAGGUUAACUACAGCAAGCUCGCAAGAACGAAAACAUCGAUCUAAAGCCAAACUGAGAAUCAGUAAGAAGGUCAUGACAAGUAAGAAAAUCAUAGAGAUUUGAGUGGACGUGGCGUGGCGACAACGUGAACAUAUGACGACGAAUUUCUCUCGGCUCUCUUUAAACUUGAAUGUUUUUCUUAAGAAUUCAAAUCUGGAAAGUUUGCCUACUUUGGACAAAGUGAGCGAGUUGUGAUGAUCGCGCUGCAGUUUCAAAAACGUGAAGUCACUUUUUACGUGACGUUUUCGCCGCCGUCGUCGUUGUGGUACCUUAGACUCCCUAAUGAGCCGGGGAACCCCUGCGAAGAAAUUAGGGCGCCCUAGCAUGUCUUUACGUGAGAGGGCUGGCCAGCCAUGUCUCCGGUCAGGAAGCUCCGGUUUAACUUGACUUAGCCUAAAUUUCAUUUCGCCACAUUUUAUUUAUUUAUUUGUUUAUUCAUCCAUUUAUUUCAAGGUGGCGCACGCUGUUAUCUGUUGAUGAUUUAGUCGAAGAGGUCAUCACAACGCUGGAUGCUGGAAAACUCUUGAACAAUACGUACGUCAUAUUCUCAUCGGAUAACGGCUUUCAUCUUGGUAAAGGUUACUUUAUUCAUAUACUAAUAUGUAUUUCGGUCAGUGCAAGAAUUAUCUCAUUCUUUAACAGAGUGUUUUCACUCACGUGGCCAGCAUAUAUGCAAAUUUAUUGGAAAAAAAGAAAACGUUUACAUAAGAAAAGAGUUCAACUCUUAGGGCCUGUUUACAUGGAGGUGGGGGACCCCAGGUAGGUGAGGUAACCCGCUUAGGUGGGGUAACCCGCCUGUCCAUAUAAUCUCUCAUUUUCAUUUGAUCACGUUUACAUGAUAGGUGGGGUGACCCGCCAAGGCGGGUAGCCCGGUAUACCAGACCGGGUUACCCUCUCAGCCGGGGUCACAAUUUGUCAUGUAAACGUUUCAAGGUGGGGUAACCCGCCUGGCCGGGGUCGGAUUCGUGAUACAUCAAAUUCGCGCAAAAUUCACUUUCGCGGUGUCUUUGCAUUAUGAUUAAAGUUAACAAUAGAAAGCUAUUGCACUGACGGGUUGCAGCAAGAGCAACAAGUGAGAGAAAAAGUGCAUUAAUCGCCAAAACUCGUGGUUUGCCAGCAUUUUUCUUGUUUACGUGCUUAGCGACCAUUCAAUAAUCUUGAGAAAGUGCACCCCGGGAAGGCGGGGUUGUAAGAUUGCAUGUAAAGGCGGGUUAUUUUUUUACCUCACCUAAGCGGGUUACCUCACCUACCUGGGGUCCCCCACCUCCAUGUAAACAGGCCCUUAGAGGAUUAUAUUGAUUUGGGACACCAACAUGGCCGCCGUGAUGUCACGUGAAAACACUCUAUAGCCUGCUUCAAGGGAGAGACCGCUGUCAGUUUCCUUCUUAUAGUGACGAGUAAACAAAAGGAAAAAAACAAUGAAAUUAGAGUGUAAUACUGCGUCGGUAUUAGUCUACAUCUAUAUUUCACGUGCUACGUAAAAUGACUCUAUAAUACCAUACGGUUGUUCGAAGGCCGAUUAGCGCUAACCCAGGGUUACAUUUUAACCUUGGUUUCCUUGUCUUUUAUUCAAGGGCAUUUUCCCGGAUAAUUUUCUCUAUUCUUUUUAGAGCAUCCAAUCAAUAAAUUGUAAGCAAAAAGAAUAAAACUGAAUUUGCUUUUUAAGCUUUCAAAUUUCGCACCAACGCUGGGUUAUCUUAUCCCUGCUUUGAACAACACGGCCCAGGAGAGGAGGUGUACGACAAAUUGAAAAAUUCGGGUCAGGACAGGGUGUGCAGCAUCAUGAAGCAUCGUAUUCUUCCGUCCCAAAUUCAGACCAAAACGUUCGGUUUCCCAGGCUACCCUUUAUUUCACAGCUAAACCGUCAUUCUCCUCUUUAUUUCUCAAUUUUUACCUUUGUGUCCUCGCCGCAGGUCAGUUUAGUCUUCCUCAAGAUAAGAGGCAGCUGUAUGAGUUUGAUGUCCGCGUGCCUUUCAUGAUCAGAGGUCCAGGGCUGAAGCCAAAGCAAACUUCACAGGUGAGCGUCAGGUCGAACUUACUACAGCUUAUAAAUGCUUACCUGGUUUCAUCUCUUGUUUUGCCCGUAAGACUGAUCUAGAUCUGUUUUCGCUACAUUAGGGAGCUUAAGCAACGACCACGGCGACGGCAACGACCACGGCGACGGCAACGAGAACGGCAAAAAACAAAACAACAACUUCAUCAAGUAUCACGCUUUUUUGUACAUUUCUUUGCCGUCAUUGCAUGAUUACGACGUGAAACUGCCUCAUUUCACGUUUUUUGGCGGACGUGAACACAAGACGUCGACUUUUUUUUCCUGAACUUCGAUACAAACUCAGUUUAGAAUUUAACUCCAGAAAAAUUUGCCAACAUUUGACGAAUUGAACGAGGUGGAAUAAACGUGAUAAAUUUUGCUUAAGCUCCCUAGUUAUUAGGGAGCUUAAGCAACUACGACGACGACCACAACGACGACUUCAAACAAACAAUAGGUUUAAUGAUCAAAACAACAGCUCUGUACGGUUUUUAGUACAUUUCUUUGACGUCCACCGCACGACUACGACGUUUUAUGGAGGACGUGGACAUACAACGACGAAUUUUCCUUCCUCUUUUGAACUUGAAUAAAAUCCUUAAGAACUGAACUCCAGGAAAAGUCGCCUACAUUUGACAUAUUGAGCGGGUGCAAAUAGACGCGAUGAAGUUUGAAAGAACGCAAAUUCAUUUUUUUUACCGACGUUUCCACGGCCGUCGUCGUCCUUGCUUAAGGCCCCUAUUGACAUACAGAGGACUCUUUCCUUAUGGAAACCUCUCUAUAACUGACGGCUUGUUUAAUUCAAAAGAUGCCAACCUUCAUAUAAUUCCUCCCUUUGUAUUGAGGAUAAUGGCUCUGUCCCAUUGGUGUCGGGCGUCUUCGUCACUGUUUUUCGCGUUUUCUUUGCCAAACCUAGCAAAUGCGAAUGGUCACACCCCAGUCAGGUGUUCCUCUGUCUUGGCCUCACUUUCAGUUGAACUGUCACUCGAUUAAAGCCUUCUGGGGUCAGAUGUUGGAGGACACUUGAGCUUUGGGGCCCUUUUUGUGGGCUUGUAUUCUCUCUUGGCAUAACAAAGGUUCUUUUCUUACAGAGUCCAAUUCUCAACAUUGAUAUAGCGCCGACAAUAGUGGAAUUGGCUGGAGGAAAGGCCCCCGAAUCCAUGGACGGACGCUCGAUUUUACCUCUUUUGGUAUGUUCUUUUGAACCUUUGUUUACAUUUUUUUUUCUCCUCGUUUUGUUGUUGUUGUCAUUUGGCGUUGUUUAAGGGCGCUUCCCAAAAGUCAGAACUGGCCAGCCAGAGCGGUCAUUUUGAAAAUGAAAUAUUAGUAUUUUCUCGGAAUUUGUGCUAAAACUCACCACUACGGUGCAUGCUAUGGAGUAUUUUCACUCACGUGGCCAGCAUCUAUGCUAAUUUAUUGGAACAAAAGAAAGCGUGUUCAUAAGAAAAAAGUUUAACCCCCGGAGGAUUUCCCGGGUACACUACUGAAAAUGGCCGCCGUUUCACUGUUUUGGAACACCAGAAUGGCCACAGUGACGUCAUGUGAAAACGCUCUAUUUGAGAAUAAACUGACCUGGCCUGAUAGUGCUGGUUAAUAGAGACCUUUAGCAUCAGGUUUUUGGGGGGAAACCGCAAACCGCAAACUGCGAUCUGCAGUUUGCAGUUACGCGUUUGCCGUUUCACUCUUUCAGGAUUUCGAAUUUUGGCAAAUUAUAAAGCCUUCGUUGUUUAGUGCCGCCAUGUUGAUUUUCGUCACGUCGUAGUGCUUGUUUUUUAUCGCCUGAUUCGAGUUCAAAAAUCUAACUGGCAUAUCAUAGGCGGGUGUAGAAGCAUCUCUUGCCUUAAAUCGUGAGUGAAUUAAUAACACUGCUUUAGAGCCAAUCGGAAAGUUUACUGGUGAUAUUUCAAAAUGGACGAACAAAUAAUGUAACAGAAUUUUCUUUCGUCUGAUUCUGUUGUAUUGAAUUAUCAUUACAAUAGUUUAAUGCUGAACUCAGGGCUCCUGAUAGUCAGUGGGAUUGAGGAUUUUGUUAUAGUUACAGUAUGAUGGGGACUCCUAUAGCCAAUCAGAUUCGAACGAUUUUGUUAUUGUUAUCAUGGGGACUGCGUAUAGCCAAUCAGAUGCGAAGAAGUCUGUAAUAGUUAUGAUGGAGACUGCCCCUAGCCAAUCAGAUUCGAAAACAGUUUUGUUUUAGUUGUGAAUACACGCAUUCACUUUUGUUUCAGAAGUCGGAUGUUGAGUUCCAACAGCAAGAGGUGAGUUUAAGAAAAACUUUUAGUUCCUUUAGAGUGUUUUAUUCCUAUAGAACGUAUACUGCAUGUUUGUUUAAGCUCUCUACAGAUAGUCUUCAUUUGCACACUACAGAUUCUCUCCUUAAAAUGUUUACGGACAGAGGUAGUUUAAAACGAACGCAACAAUCACGCGAUACGCAAGUUUCGAAUUAACGAAAGCAUACUUGGGUCCAGGGCCGAAGGGUGUAAAACAAAAGAAACUGAUUAUUCAUCCUUGAAUCUCAAUGCAGUUUUCGGAGCCAAGCACCAGGUUUUAUAGUUCGAGACUGGCCUAUUGCUUUGCUUCUUGCUACCUGCUGUGCCACAGUGUCCUCAAAGCGUACCACAGCCAUCCAUGAAUUUCCACCACCUCUCCAGUCACAGCACUGCUAAAUCAAGUAGCCUGUGUGGUAGGCGCGGGGAGGGGAGGAGGAGAAGACAGCGAACGGAAGAGGGAGUCCCUCUUCCUCUCUCUCCAAUAGUGAGUGUUCAUUGAAACAAAAUCAUUACAGCAAUACAUUGUACAUAUAAGGCUGAAUUACAGAGCUACAUACAAUAUCGUAAAAUACUGCAAAUUCCGAAAAUAAGCCCCGGGCCUUGCUUGCCCCCUAUGCGUCUCAAAAUCCAUUGUGCUAGCUUAUAGUUGGAAGGGAACUUAUGUGAGUAAUACGCCUUAAGGACGCAGGUCUUUCUAAAACUCAGCCAUGCAAGUACUUUGUCUAUAUGGACCAGGGAAAUCCAAUACGAGACUGAAGGGUGAACUACGCAAACUGCAAUAUAUGCUGUGACGCGUUUUUGUAGCAGUCAUUUGGCACAUGUAAUAGUUCUUUAACAAAUGCAAAAAAUUAUGUGUUACUGUAAAGAUUUUGCUUUGUUUUAUUUUGAAUUUGAGGGCAAUUCCCCAGUACAGGCCCCCAGGGGCUUGUAUUUGGAGGGGCGAUUUAUCGGAAGGUUUCUUGCGUUACGUCCUCCCCUACCCCUUUCGACGCCUACAACGCAGACUACAAAUCGAGCCAAUGUAAUGUUUAUCGGCUAUCGUACCGACGCAGUAGUAGAAAGCUCGAGGAAGCAAAAAAGCUGAAAUUAUACUGAAAGUAUCAUUUGCUUGCUUCUUGUUCAGGAUGUAGCUUGGCGUACAGAUUUUCUUAUUCAGCAUUACGGGGAAGGUGAAGUAAAGAUUCCAGGAUGUCCAGAACUUUCUUCAGGCGUCUAUGUAAGUCUUUUUAUAUAAAUUUAUCUGAUCUUAGUUAUUCUGUUUUGAUUACCUGAAGUAAGUUGCCCCGCUCUUCUGACUGAGUCUUCAGAGAGGUGUAAUAAUUUCUCGUUAUGUUUACGACAAACAGCAGAGAUGACUCUAUGAUUACAAGUGUACCACAACAGUAAAUAACAAUAAAUGUCCCUCAAGUUUUCAUGACGCUCAUUCUCACGUUGAAAAGAUCACAAGGCAAAAAACAAUUCGUCAUGCGAUUAAUCAUAGGCCCGGGGGGAACUCCCAUGCGAAAGGGGCGGGGAUGGUCGCCGGAAAUUUUGAAUUAAACCCCUAAAGGAGACCAAUCUGGGCGUGGCCCAAAGCGAUCAUUUUAAACUUUGAUUACAUGAAUCGACUAAAUAGAACGAAUUGAAAAUGUAUAAUUUUUUAAUAUUUAUCCGAGUGCAACCCUGAAAGAGACCUUUACGGCUAAAUAUAAUGGUGUUUUGCUCAGAACAAACUAAGCGAGACCAAAAUCUGAAAUUUACGCCCCUAAGCGAGACGACGAGCAUCCCCGCCCCUUUCAUAUGGGAUCCCCCCCCCGGAAUUAUAAGGACGUUUGAUACGUUUGACAAUUAUUGAGUAAGGAUGAGUAUGAUAUGAAGAAUUAAGCAGAUCGAGGGAAACCUAGGUCAGGGUUAUGGUUUCCUGCCUAGUUGGAUAACAGCCUCUGAGUUUUCAAGAUCUGCAAAAGCAAUUCUUCACAUCAUACAAAAUCCCGCCGAAUUCAAUAAUUGUUUUAUUAUCCAUUCAAAAUAUUUUUAAGUUCUAAACAACCUUACCUCCUCCAGCGUAGACUUUCCCCAAACAUUUGCCUGUUUCUUGGCACUUUUCGCACGGCAGUGUUAUUGCAUUUCUGAGGCUACGAGCAAUAACCUGUCGAAUGGAUAGCCUGUGUAGCAGGCGCUUGGAAGUAGUGGGCGAAACAGAGAACGGGCGCGCGAGAGGGAUACACGCGAGGAGUGAUUGCUCCCUCUCCCCUCGCGUGUCUCCUCGCGCGCCCGUUUUUUCUUGUGUCCACUACUUCUAAGCGCCUGCUGCGCAGGCUAUCGAAUGGAUGGGUUAUUGCCUACAUUAUCCAAAUGUCGUAAGCGCUGGCUGGUUGUGAAGAGUAAGCCGGGGAGCCAGUGAGAAACGACGAAAUAUUUUGAGUGAAUAAUAAUUACAAUUUUCUUGUUGUCUACUCCCCCUCGGCGAGUUGUCACUUAAGCCAGUUGAGUUACUACCUUUGUUUGCUUUUCUUUGCAGAACUGUUGGCCCAACUGUGUUUGUGAGGACGCUUGGAACAACACAUACUCGUGCGUUCGCUCAGUGAGUUCGAAGGAGGACAUGAUGUACUGCGAGUUCGCGGACAAAGAGGUAACCUCCUCCUUCCAAUUUAAAGUGAAAAGAUGACUGCCGAGUGCGUGAUACAAGCAACUGCACAUGAAUUCCGUCCAUGCCAGCAAAUACACUAACUUAAAAUCAAACCACGUACGGUUUUUGUUGUUGAGAAGUUACGCACGCAGCCUGUCUUCCCCUUAGAAAAAUAGAAUGAGGCUUCUUUGACGACGUUUAUAGAGGGCAGACGUAUAGUGUCCAGUCCUACGCAGCCGUUCAAAGAACGACUGUGUCGUCACUUGAUUCCAUCCACCAAACUGACAUCCUCCUCUCACAAGACAUUUCACUUUUCUUAUAUGAAAUUUCUUGAUGAAAUGUUCAUAAAAGUCAAAGUGUCUUCAAUUUUUAAGGAAAAAAACAAUUCAGGAUAGAAUGAGUAGGAUUCGGACUCGGAGCAUCCCAUCUGGACUGCAUCACUCUAACCCCUACACCACCGAGGAUUUGGUGACGAAUACCAGUUUGAUUUAAAUAUAUAACCCUAACCCUAACCCUACUUUGUGUACGAAUCAUUAAUGUGUCAACGUCAGUUUGGCGGAUGGAAUUAAGUGUAGACCCUGUGACUAGGUAGAGUAAGAGUGGUUGUAGGAAGGCCACUUGACUAGAUUCCUCUCCCCAGCUCUUCUUAUCUUUUGAGCUUUGUCUUUUUGUUUCACUUAAGUCUUUUUAUCCAGAACGUUUUGUUUGCGUGCUAGGCAAACAGAGGAAACUUCACAACGGUCAGCCGACUACCGAUCUUCGAAGUUAAUAUUACGCUUAGGAUUGGCUGCUCAAUUAUCCUUUGGUAUUUUGAAGGGUAGCACAUGUACAUACAGAACACACACAGUAUACCUAUGUAAUCGUUAGCAGUGAUGGUGUUGUCAUGUUUGAUCUUAUUUCACUCAUUUUUUCCUGAACUUUAGGCAUUUUUGGAGCUCUACGAUGUAAAGAAAGACCGUCAUCAACUAAAGAACUUGAACAAAGAUGUUCCGCCUAAAUUUCUGGAAGCCAAGCAUCGUCGCUUGGUGGAUUUGGCGACAUGUUCAGGGGCCUCAUGUAGGAAAGUCUAUCAAGACAGCGUGGAUACUUUGCUUUGAAAAGAGUUCCUCCAUAUGCCAUUUAACUCUCGACGCGAGGUGUUGUAGUUGGGGGUGUGUGUGUGUUGGGGG